CAGAGCGCGCAAGUGUUUUGCAGUUAGUUUCAGAUUAAGCUACCACCUGUUAUAUAUCCCUAUCUUUAGUUAUAUUUCCGCUGUCCGCGCGCGGCGGCAGUUUAUUCGGGAGAUGUCUCGUGCGGGUUUGAGCUGCCCGGGCUGCGGCUCAUCAAAUGUCGUAGAGGAUGAUCUGUACUGCCAGGCCCAGCUGGUGUGCGUGGACUGCGGCUCCGUGGUGUCCGAAGGAGUGCUGGCCAAUGACCCGGUCGGAGGUUCAGACGUCAGCUACAGCCAAACUACAGCUGUGACCAAAAAGCCGUGUACAAAUCUAAUAAAAGGUCUGCAGCGUGUGAAAGCCAUAUGUCGGAUUCUCAGGGUCCACCAAGAGAUUGAGGAUCUCUCACAGACGUAUUACAACCAGGCUUAUCGGCAUGAAAGUUUCAUCAAAGUGAGCCUCCAGAAGAAAGAAGUCCUGGCUGGUUGCUGUGUGCUUGUAAGCUGCAGACUGCUCAAUUGGCCCAUCACUAUGGGAACCAUCAGCUACCUGCUAGAUGCCGACCCGAUGGUGGUGGGAGUGGUCUAUCAAGAGAUGGUCAAGAUUCUCAACAUUGAGGCUCCGACCGUCAACGUCACUGAUAUCAUGGAGGCCCACAGUCAGGAGUAUAAAAUUAGCUUGCUUCACGUUCCCGAAGACUUGGCUGAGGACUCCAGGGACUUGACGAAACGUGCCGUGGCCCUGGUAGAGCUGGCAGCAGAUACCUGGAUUGUGACUGGCCGAAAGCCCGUCCCCAUUAUGAUGGCAGCGAUCUAUUUGGCCUGGCAGUCCUUGAAGCCCAAUAAGCACCGCCUGAAAUGCUCUCUGGACAAAUUCUGUCAGAUUGCCAAAGUGAAUAAGCACAAGCCUGCGUUGAAAAGAAUAACUGAGAUAAAGGAGGUGCUGUGUAAGCUGGGUAAGGAGAUUCCCUGGGUCAGUGAAGCAGUGACGCCAGAUAACGUAGUUCAGCAGGUGGAGGAUAUUCUAAAGCACAGGUACGCCCUGCUAAGGAGGGCUUUGAGAACGCAUGAGGAUGCUCUGCUGGCAGAGUGUCAGGCCAGCUAUGAAGACUCUCGAAAGGACGAGACAGUGGAAGAACGGGAAAUUAAUGCUGAAAAGGCCCAGGGGCCAGUAGAUGGUAUUGACAAUCCAUGCACAGUACCUGAGCUGCACGGUGAUACCCAGGAGAGCCACGAUCCGGCACCGAACUGGGGGAAGAGAGUGCUGUUUGCUCCCCCGUGUGUGAUUCAUGCUAAAAAAAGGAGAGUGGAGCAGCCUGAGCUCAAGGAUGUGACCGGCGAUGAGGAAAUCACGGACAGUGAAAUUGACUCUUACAUCCGCACUCCUCAAGAAGCUCGAGAUUUUGCUCUGACACAGAAGAUAUUGUCUGAGAGUGAGAAGUCAUAACCAGUUAUGUAUAGAGAGCGAUGUUUGUGUCUUUGGUUAUUGGUUAUAUCAGCAAAAACAGAUGUUAAAGCUUAAAUACAGUUUCAGUUUUUGAGGUAAAGAUGGAGGUAUUUUGAUUUCCACUGGAGACUUGGUUCAUAUUAAAAGAUGCUACAACCUUUUUACUUUUAUUCAGUAACAGAUUGUAUCUGGUCAUUAUUUUGCUGCUUAGAAUCUGUUUACUUGCAAAUAAAGUUGUGUUGAAGUGGUUAAAAAAAAUGAUAUUAUUGGUCACAUCUCAAAGGCCGUGUGAGGAAAUGAUUGAAAAGGAAAUAGAAGAAUGAGUGAAUGUGAUUGCACACACAUUUAUAAUAGCAAAACACUUUGACAUGUCACAAAUGAAUGAUGUAAAAAUGAAUGAUGGCUGAAUCCCAUUUAGCUGCUUCAGUCCUGGUAUUCCUGGCUCACUGUCACACGGGCAUGGCUUCCUGGGCCACUUGAAUAGAACUGAUUCUUUUUUUUAA